AUGGACCGGGCCCAAGAAAAAUUGGUUGAGGCUCUGAAGCAUCAGAUACCUAUGAAUGAAGUGAUAGAUCGAGGGGACUCGGAUGUUCAGCAGUUCUACAGUGGCGCCACCGCGUUCGUGACGGGCGGCUCCGGCUUCCUCGGCAAGCAGAUUAUAGAGAAACUACUGAGAUCAUGCAACUUGAAGAAGAUGUUUGUGCUGCUGAGGCCAAAGAAAGGAAAGACGAUUCAGGAGAGACUCGAUUAUUUACUAAAAGAUCCCGUUUACGACUUCCUUCGCGAAAAGAAACCGAACUUUCUGGAGAAAUUAGUUCCACUGGAAGGUGAUGUAGCUGAUGUGAGACUCGGACUUAGCCAAGAAGAUUGGACUCUUCUUACACAAGAGGUGGAGACAGUAUUUCAUAUGGCCGCGACAGUCCGGUUUGACGAGCCUCUCAAAGCUGCAGUCAUCACCAACGUGAGAGGGACCAGGGAGUGCCUUGCGCUUUCGAAGGAAUGUGUCAACUUUAAGAACUUCAUCUACGUCUCGACAGCAUUUUCUCACGCUACAUACGACCGCGUGAACACGGAAGUUUUGGACCAGUUCUACCCUUGUCCAGUACAGCCAGAAACUAUCAUCGGUAUGGCAGAAUCUAUGGAGGAAGAUCGCCUGAAUUCCAUCGCUGAGGAUUUGAUCGUGGGCUGGCCAAACACAUAUACAUUCACGAAAGCCAUAGCUGAAGAGUUGGUAAGGACAUACGAUCCUGACCUUCCCGUCUGCGUUGUCAGACCACCUAUAGUAACACCUACUUAUUAUGAGCCAACUCCGGGUUGGAUGGAUUUAAGUGCUCUUUCUGGACCUACGGGGAUCCUCGCUGGUAUUAUAAUGGGUUUUCUUCACAUUUUCUACGUGGACAAAGAUUGUAAGCUGCCCUUAACGCCGGUGGAUUACGUUAACAAUGCAACCAUAGCUGCCGCCUGGGACGCUGACUUGAAGAGAAAGAGUGGAAAUAAAGACAUACAAGUAUAUACGGUGUCUAAUAACGAUCAUUUUAUUACGUGGGAUUUCAUAGGAGUAAUUCUGCGCUCAGAAGGAAAGAAGUCACCGUCACCCAAAGCGGUGUGGUACUGCUGGCUCAUGGAAACUAAUAGCAAGUUCGUCUUCUGGGUGAUCUCAUUCUUCGUGCAUUACAUACCGGCUUAUAUCAUGGACCUUGUCGGUGGUAUACUUGGAAACAUGCCGAAGGAAAUUAAUUCAUUCGUAGCGGUGUUCAGAAAAAUCGACAAAUUCGCCCUCAUUUACCACUACUUUUUAUCUAACGAAUGGUUUUUCAAAGACCAUAAUGUCCAAGAAAUGGUAUCUAGAAUGAGUCCAGCCGACAAAGCUAUUUUUAACUGUGAUCUUAGAACUAUUGACUUUACUGAAUACGUAAUGAUUUGGGGUAUAGGUAUCAGAAAAUACCUAGUUAAAGACGAAUUGAAAGACAGUGAGUUAGCUUACCGUAAACAGCAAAAGUUGAAAAUAGCAAAUAUUUUUUUUAUUAGUUUAAAUGUUAUUGUAGUUUUAAGUUUAUUGUAUCAGUUAUUUAAAGUUGUUAUUUGGUUAUUUUAG